AAUCACAUCACCAGGCACCAGCAGCCACCACCGUUCCUCCGAUUCCACCACAUCCGCUCGCAGCUCGAGAUCGUGAGCCAUGUCCGGGCGCGGCAAGGGAGGCAAGGGGCUGGGCAAGGGCGGCGCCAAGCGCCACCGGAAGGUGCUGCGCGACAACAUCCAGGGCAUCACCAAGCCGGCGAUCCGCCGUCUUGCGCGGCGUGGCGGCGUGAAGCGCAUCUCGGGGCUCAUCUACGAGGAGACCCGCGGCGUGCUCAAGAUCUUCCUCGAGAACGUCAUCCGCGACGCCGUCACCUACACCGAGCAUGCCCGCCGCAAGACCGUCACCGCCAUGGACGUCGUCUACGCGCUCAAGCGCCAGGGCCGCACCCUCUACGGAUUCGGCGGCUAGGUCCUGCCGACUGUCGCCUGUCUCUGUCGCCGCCUGCAGAUCCGCAAAGCUUGAUGGAACUCUGACUUUUUCAGUUCGCUGUUUACUCUGUCUGUGUAGUUCGAACUGAAUCGUGGAACAAAGUUAUUUGCAUAUCUUGUUGGAAAUGAAACUUGCCUGUCAGCAUGUCGUAAA